ACUGCUACAACAACAGAUUGGAAGAAGCUAAGAGUUUUGAUACCUGGAAAACUGGAUUCUGAAUCGUGAGAGGCUUUGAACCGCCUCCCCCCCAAAAUAAAACAAACCCUUUUGACUUCUUCUCUCAGCAGGAGGGGGAGGGAGGGCGGAUUUACCAUGAAGACAAAUCGAAGAUGCAGAGCCCUGCUAGCAGUGAGUCUGAAUCUGAUGGCUCUCCUCUUCUCUACAACAGCUUUUAUCACGACCCACUGGUGUGAGGGCACGCAGAGGGUCCCCAAGCCGAGCUGUGGGAAAGAGAAGAAGACAAACUGCCUCAACUACAGCGGGAAUGAGACUGCAAAUGAGACAAACCAGAAUGUGGUUCAUUACAGCUGGGAGACAGGAGAUGACCGCUUCCUUUUCAGGUAUUUUCACACUGGGAUCUGGUACUCCUGUGAAGAAAAUAUCAAUGCCGCUGGUGAAAAAUGUCGAAGUUUUAUUGACCUUGCCCCGGCUUCUGAAAAAGGUGUCCUGUGGUUAUCAGUAGUAUCCGAGGUAUUAUACAUCAUGCUGUUAGUCGUCGGAUUCAGCCUUAUGUGCCUCGAGCUCUUUCAUUCAAGCAGUGUGAUAGAUGGGCUCAAGUUAAAUGCCUUUGCUGCUGUCUUCACUGUGCUUUCAGGUCUCUUGGGGAUGGUGGCACACAUGAUGUAUACUCAAGUUUUCCAAGUGACAGUCAGCCUUGGGCCAGAGGACUGGCGACCGCAUUCGUGGGACUAUGGAUGGUCCUUCUGUCUGGCAUGGGGCUCUUUCACCUGCUGCAUGGCGGCCUCCGUUACUACCUUGAACUCUUACACUAAGACUGUCAUUGAGUUCAGACACAAGCGCAAAAUCUUUGAGCAGGGCUUUCGAGAAGAGCAGAACUUCCUAGACCAGGAAGCCAUCAAGUACUUCAGAGAAAGGGAUUCACAACACCCAGCUCUAAAUGUCACUAGCACGCAGAGGACCAGGAGUGACCGUAAUGCUCAGAAAAUGCCCCCAUUCGCUAUGUCAAGCUCUUCCAGCAACACAUCAAGCAGCUCUUCACUUUCAUCGGAACUGACCAGCCAGAUCUCCAUGGUUCAGGAUCAAACCCUGCUGGACAUUGCCUCCAUCACUAGAUUGGCCCCAGGAGAAUCAUCAAGCCCUCAAGCAUUUGAGCAAAGAGAUAAAAAUUUAGCAAUAUCAUGUUCCAGCCCACUCGGAGCAAAGACUUUUCCAGCCUCUUGCCCAGCCAGCCCCAGGCUCAGUCUAACAUCCAGCUCAGCCAAGCCACAGCAAUACUCUGACUCCUCUCCAGUCAGUCCAGGGAUCAAUGCAACCUCCUUCUAUACCUUUUGUCCUCACACAGCACAAAACGUACGAGCUUCAGCAUCAGGUCACACACUGACCCCAACCAGGAAAAGCACAAGGCCUCCAGCAACGCUGACUCCUGAAGAUAGCUCCCAGUCUCCCGGCUAUUCUAAAACUGGAUUAAAGAAUACAGGAAAGGGUUUUGAAUCAGAUCUGGAAGAUUCUGAUCACGAAAGGAGAUUGGUAACCACAAAGGAAUUCCAAGCCAUGGAGAGAGAACUAGAGGAUGUGAAAGAAGAACUGAAAUGCCUGAAGUGGAAAGUGAGACACAUUGGUGAGACAGUGCAGCCCCUGGCAGAGGACAGCAAGCGUUACAAUGGCUACACCCUGACGGAGCUCAAGGCAAUGGUGCAGUUUGAAGACGACCCUUACAAGGCUGCACACAAGAUCCUAACUGCACUCUUCAGCGAUGUCUACUUGCUCCAGCACUCAGUCACUGAACAGGCCUGCAACUCCCGAUCUCUGCCCAAGCCCAAAAUAGACCCAGAGCUGUACACAGUGUACUGUGACAUUCUGAAAAGCAUAUUCCCUGGAAUUAGCAGCCAGACCUUGAGGGAAGAGACACAACACGUGCAGAAAAGCACCCAGAAAGAAGUGCAACACCAGACCCCACAAGACGUUCAGUGAAGUGAAAAGUCUCCAACGAUUUUAGAGAGCGGAACUGUGGGUACGUACCAUUGGUUGAGUCUAUCCCUUUUAGGUACGAAUCAUCUGUAACAACAUUGGUGAGCUCUGAGCCCUUCAUGCCACUUGCCCAAUGAGACAGGAUGGGAAGGCUUUCCACGUUCUUCCCGCAUUUUAGAAAUAAAUUGCCCCCCUUAGCGUCUCUUUCAAUAUAUGGAUGUCUCCUUGCUUCCAGCAACUACAAAUGCUGACAAAAGAAUCCAGAGAAGGCAUUGUAUGUCCAAGCAAGGGCCUCCCCCAGCCCCAAACAGACCAACCAACCAACCAACCAGCAUCUGGGUAGUUU